GGGGAACUUGCAUCAUCCUCGUCCGUCUGCUUCUUUCAUACCUACGCAAACGACCCACUUGCCUAUCUGGAAUUCCCCUUCUGUCGACUCUUUGCCUUGAAGAUGCCUAGGCAGAGCGGGACCAAGGUCGAGCGCACGCGCACCUUUACCGGAUGCCGGACUUGUCGAAGCCGACAUGCAAAGUGUGACGAAGCUCAGCCAGAAUGCGGUACCUGUCGGAGACUCGGACUCACAUGCGGUGGAUACGGAGCCCGCCUCUUCUGGAUCACAGACGAUGCAGUCCGGCCGGAGCUCCAGCAGAGCCAUCGGGGAUCCGAAUACCGGUAUCCACUCUUCUCCGAGGUUGAUCGCAGAUUGAUGAGUGCCGAAUUGUCGGACAGCCUGGGCAAGCAGUCUGCCAUGGACAUCUUGGCCGAUAUUGACUCUGCGUGCGAUAAGCUGGCUGGUGGAAACUCAGCCAUGAUCAAAGGCCCUUUCGGGGUUUUUCAAUCAAUCGAAGAGCCAUCACCAGCCGAUGUUCUGACAUCCUCUCCGGAUACCGAAAACUCGAAUACAAACACAUAUCCUGAUACCGACAGCUUCAUCGAGGAGGUACAGCGGCACGACUGGCCCACCCAUAUCGGAGACGACCUUGAUCUGUUUACCGGUCCUUUAGAUCCAAGUCUUUCCCUCAACCCUGAAGAACCAACAGGCUCAGAACAAGUGCUUUUGCCGGACUCUACAAUGACAAACUUCUUCCUCGAUAACUCCAUGGGCGUUGAAGGCUUGGCACUCUUCAGCCCCAACUUUAUAUCCCAGGCAAUGGAAAUUGAAGCAGCUGGCCACGGAGACAGCCACGCGGACGAUCAUGGAGACAGCGCAUUCAACCAUUUAGAAAACGAAGUCAUGCCGUGUCCCCGAGGACUACCACAAGCCAACGGAGGCCACUUGGGGCUUCCAGAAGAGGCAGAGCCAUUGCUUCGCUACUACAAAAAACACGUGGCUGGCGAGAGAACGUCCAUGCAAGCAAAACGCAAGUCACCAUGGGAAAUCAUCUUUUUGCCCUGCGCCCUUGAGACAUUCGCCGAGCUCUCUCUCUGGAAUGAAGCCUCACAUACGCGCUCAACCAUAUUCUAUACUCUUCUUGCUCACAGCGCUCUCCAACUGCACCUGUCGAAUAAGCCAAGCACGUUUUCUUGCGACUGGAAAGAGAUUGGUAUACGAAACCACGAGAGAGCUCAACAUCACCUCCGCAAUGCUCUACAACUCGAGAUGUUUGGUCCCAAACAGGCGAACUACAAAGAGUUGCUGAUGGCAAUUCUUGGCAUGGCAAUGACUUCGCUGCACAACGGCACCCGCGCUUUCCGCGUCUUCCUUCUCGAUGCUGAGCGGCUCAUUCGGCUUCGGGGCCUGAUCAACCAAAAUCCCUUCAAAACUCGUCUGUUGCAUCACAUGUACACCCAUCUCCGGGUCAUUGCAGAGAGCAUAUCAUUGUGUGCCGAUCCUCCUUCCGACACGUCCGACGAGAAUAAUACUCGUGACCUCACUCAUGGCCGGACAUUUCGAAUCACCGAAGAUGCUCUCAAUAUCGGCCUUGACCCAGCGCAAGAGAAGACAGAUGAAAUGGGAUACAAUGACAUUCAUCUCGAGAUCCAGGGCCGGUGGAGUCAUACACUAUUCCCCGUCAUCUACGGCAUUCCAGAGUCUCUGAUGACUCUUCUGUCACAGACAGUCUCCCUGUCCAACGAAAAGGCGCGUCUCGAAAAUGUGGCUCGUUGCAACCCAGGAGUUUCGGUAGCCCUGGCGAGACACACAAAGACGCUUGAGAAUAGAAUAUGGGCAUGGACUCUGGCGCUCGACCCCCUGGGGCCUCCGAAACCAACUCGUCUAGAUCAGGACCUAAUGGCCCAUCCUCAGGUCCGUUCGAUGGCGCUGGCCAUACACCAAGCCCUCAUCAUCUACUUUUACCGCCGGGUGUACGACAUGAACGCCAUGAUCCUCCAAGACCUAGUCAAGAAGACGCUAGACUUCCUCGAGCCUUGCCUAGGCGAGUUGAUUGGCGACCAAGACUUUGCAACCAGUCUCGCCUGGCCGGCGUUUGUUGCCGCUUGCGAGGCCGUGUCUCCUGAUCUUCAAGAGCGAGCUCUCAAGUGCUUGUCGGUCACCGAUGAUAAGGGCAUAUACUUUACGCCCAAGCCGGCAAAGGUAAUUGUACCGAUGAUAUGGGAUAAGCGAAAAGAGUCGGGAGACUGGACUACGAGCUGGCAAAGUCUUCUGUCGGAUAGCUUACUAUAA